UGUUUGUAGCUUUCUGAGUUUAGAAGAAAACGUUUCUGUUCUGCUUGGAUUCACAACAAACAUGUGUGGAGGUGCUAUCAUUUCCGACUUCAUCGAGGCCAAGCGUAGCCGGAAGCUCACCGCCGAGGACCUCUGGUCUGAGCUUGACACCAUCUCUGACCUCCUUGGCUUGGACUACUCUUCCACCAACAACGCCCAGCUCCUUCACCACAAGCUUGCUCAGAAGCCAAAGGUUGACCCGAUUGCAGUCACCAAAGUGCCGACUGAGAUCAAGGAGAAGAAGAAGACGACUAUCGGAAUUGCAGAGAAGGAAGCAGAUGGGAAGACGAAGAGGGUGAGGAAAAACAAGUACAGAGGAAUAAGGCAGAGGCCAUGGGGCAAAUGGGCAGCAGAGAUUCGCGACCCACACCAAGGCAUCCGAGUCUGGCUCGGAACCUUCAACACACCCGAGGAAGCCGCUCUCGCCUACGACCAAGCUGCCAAGCGCAUCCGCGGCAACAAGGCCAAGCUCAACUUCCCUGCUACUCCGGCUCCGGCUCCGGCUCCGGCACGGCUUCAACCACCGUCCAAGAAGCGGUGCAUGGCUCCCGAGUCAACUCAGUCGAGCGCACUAGCCAUGAUGGGCAUGGGGCCUUACUAUCCGCCAUUCCAGAAUGAGUGCUACUCUAAGAGUGAGACUACGGCUGAUCACGACCAUGAGUAUGAGCUGAAAGAGCAAAUCUCGAGCUUGGAGAAGAUCCUGGGCCUGGAUGAGCCGGUGACGCCGAAUGAGGUGACGAGUGGACUCGGAAUGGGGGAACCGGAGUCGUCGGACCUGUGGAUGCUGGAUGACCUGGUCACACAUCACCAGCAGCAAGGCUAUGAUCAUCAGCUCGUAUAUUAGGGAAAGCGACCGCCGUUGAUGUUAUGGUGUAUAUGUUCUUGUGUCCUGUGUGAGUUUGGAACUUGAGGCUGGUGGGUUUUGAUGAUCUAUGUUUAAUAGUAGUAAUUACUGUCUUAAUCUGUGUGUGCUUUGCAGCUAAUCAGUCUAGCUAUUUGGGUUGCACGGUGAAUAGUAUGAACAAUAAAAUAGCUUGUAUUUGCAUUCAUCAUCAUCGUUCUUGUUGUUUCGUGCAACUAAUGCCGGUUCAUGAACGUGGUAUAUUUUAGUUUUUGUGCUUUAUUUAUAAGAAAUAAAAUGAAAAUAUAAAAAUAACCAUCCAUUAUUAUACUAUCAAAAUAAUUGUAUAAUGACAUUUGUAACGUGAGUUCGACUCGGAUAGACUCGUGUAAUAUUUUAGUUGUUUGUUGAUAUAUAUAUAUAAAGAUAUUGUUAUUAAC